AUGAACAAUUCAACAUGUUUUCUUCAGCCAUCAUCAGCUACCACUGUAGCUCUCCCUGUCAUCUACUCCUGCCUAUUCCCUGCUGGAAGCUUUGGAAACAUUCUCGCUGCCUGGAUAUUUUUAAGGAAAGCGCCCACAAGGAGAACACAAUACAUUUACCUGGCAAACCUCGUGACUGCCAAUCUGUUUGUAUGCAGCACAAUGCCCUUCCUGGCUGCCUACUUUGCAGGAGGGAAGCGCUGGAGCUACGAGUCCUUGGAAUGCCGGAUAGCACAUCACCUUGGGACUCUGGUCAUGCACGUCUGCAUGUACGUGACCAUUAUCAUCCUGUGCUCCAUUGCUCUGAGCCAGUAUGCAACGCUGAGGAAGAACUGUGACACACAGUACUCCCAAGCAGUUCAUGAAAACUUCUCCAGAUGUUUGCUUCAAGCGUUUCGUCAGCCAAAAUUUGCUAAAUAUUUGUGCAUCGGUAUAUGGCUUACUGUGCUCUGCAUAACAGUAACAGCUAUAACAUAUGAUGUCCAGGCAAGGGCUUUGGAAUACCUUCCCAGCUGCUACAACAUCCAGGUAGAAGCUAGUGAAUUUACUGCAAUGAUUGCAGGUUCUGUUGCCACUGCAUGUUUUUUUGUGUCUUUUAUGACAGUUCUGUGGUCGUACUAUUCUCUUACCAGACAUCUGAAUAACAUACAAAAAACCAGCUGUAUCGGAGAAAAACAUCUAAUUUACAGUAAAGUGAAAAGAAACAUUCUUGUCAUCCAGAUGAUAUUAACUGCCUGCUUUCUUCCGUAUCAUAUUUUUAGGCCUCUUUUUUACAUACUGCUUAGACAUAAUGACUGCCCAAGGUUAAACUACCUAGUGGAAAUUAAAAAUUUCCUUACUUGCCUUGCUGCUGCUAAAAGCAGUUUAGAUCCAGUUAUAACCCUUCUGUUAGAUAAAACAUUUAAGAAAAGUCUUUAUGGCCUAUUUACAAAAUCCACACCAGAACAUCAAAAACGUGACGUUGAUAUUUUCACUGAAAUGGGAAGGAAUAUGGAAAGAUUUUAG